CCCCAACCACACAACUAAACCAACACGCCGAGAAAAAAAAAAGUUUUAGUAAACAGCACACUCACACCACCAUAAUCAUCUUCUCCGUCACACUUUUUCUCUCUCUAAAACCACCGAUUAUCUCUCUUAAUAUUUUAGAUUUCGCGACACUUCUCCGCUAAAACGCCGUCGCUUAAUCUUCAUUUCUCUUCCACUAACACUUUAAUUGACUACACUUACUCUACUAAAUCUCGUCGCUAAAAAUAAUAAUAAUAAUUACUCGCUUAAUUUAAAAUUAAAGACAUUCGUCAGAUCUGAGCAGUGCCACACCAGAUCCGGCGGUGUAAAAUGGAGGAAGCAAUAGAACUGGCGCGUGCAAAGGACACGAAAGAGAGAAUGGCGGGAGUGGAGCGCCUCUAUCAAAUUCUAGAAUCGUCGAGAAAGAGUUUGAGUUCGACUGAAACAACGGCGCUUGUGGACUGUUGUUUGGAUCUUUUGAAAGAUAAUUAUAAUUUUAAAGUGUCUCAAGGUGCUUUAAUGGCUUUAGCUUCGGCUGCUGUUUUAUCCGGUGAGCAUUUUAAGUUGCAUUUCAAUGCGUUAGUUCCUGCUGUUGUUGAACGGUUAGGUGAUGCUAAACAACCGGUUCGGGAUUCGGCUCGACGACUCUUGUUAACGUUGAUGGAGGUUUCUUCACCAACUAUCAUUGUUGAGAGAGCGGGCUCUUAUGCCUGGAUGCACAAAAGCUGGCGGAUUCGAGAAGAAUUUGCUAGGACUGUCACAUCAGCAAUUGGUCUUUUUGCCUCUACUGAGCUUCCUCUUCAGCGGGCUAUACUCCCUCCUAUUUUGCAGAUGUUGAGUGACCCUAAUCCCGGUGUUAGAGAAGCUGCUAUACUGUGCAUUGGGGAGAUGUAUUCACAGGCAGGGUCUCAGUUUCGUGAUGAGCUUCAGCGCCAUCAUCUACCUAUGUCUAUGAUGAAAGAUAUUAAUGCUAGGCUAGAGAAGAUUGAACCACAAAUACGCCCUGCAGAUGGACCUACUGGUAAUUUUCCUAAUCUGGACGUGAAGGCUAUGAACCUUAACCAUAAAAGAAGCAGUCCAAAGGCUAAGAGUUCCACAAGAGAGGCGUCUCUUUUUGGAGGAGAAAGUGAUGUUACAGAGAAACCUGUAGAUCCGAUCAAGGUUUACUCAGAAAAAGAGCUAAUCAGGGAGGUUGAGAAAAUUGCUUCUACUCUUGUUCCAGAAAAGGAUUGGUCUAUCCGUAUAGCUGCCAUGCAGAGAGUUGAAGCUCUUGUUUUGGGAGGUGCUCCUGAUUAUCCAUGUUUUCGGGGACUUCUGAAGCAACUUGUUAAUCCUUUAAGCGCACAAUUAUCUGAUCGAAGGUCAAGCAUCGUGAAGCAGGCUUGCCAUCUAUUAUGCUUCUUGUCAAAGGAACUGUUGGGAGAUUUUGAGGCAUGUGCCGAGAUGUUUAUUCCUGUUCUUUUCAAGCUGGUUGUGAUUACUGUACUUGUAAUUGCAGAGUCUGCAGAUAACUGUAUAAAGACGAUGUUGCGUAACUGCAAAGUUGCUCGUGUGCUUCCUCGCAUAGCUGAUUGUGCGAAGAAUGAUCGCGGUGCUGCGCUUCGUGCAAGAUGCUGUGAAUAUGCUCUAUUGAUACUGGAACAUUGGCCUGAUGCUCCAGAAAUACAGAGGUCCGCUGAUCUCUAUGAAGACAUGAUAAGGUGUUGCGUUGGAGAUGCUAUGAGUGAGGUAAGGUCAACUGCAAGAAUGUGCUACAGAAUGUUUGCGAAGACCUGGCCGGAGCGUUCUCGCCGCUUGUUUUCAUCAUUUGAUCCUGUUAUUCAACGGAUUGUCAAUGAAGAGGAUGGGGGAUUGCAUAGGCGACAUGCGUCUCCCUCCCUUAGAGACAGAAGUGCACAAUCGUCAUUUACUUCUCAAGCAUCUGCACCUUCAGUCUUGCCUGGAUAUGGAACUUCUGCAAUUGUUGCGAUGGAUAGAACGUCCAGCUUGUCUUCUGGAGCAUCUCUGUCUUCUGGGUUGUCUCAAACAAAGACUCUUGGUAGAGGUGCUGAGCGUAGUCUGGAGAGUGUACUGCACGCAAGCAAACAGAAGGUUACUGCAAUUGAGAGCAUGCUUAGAGGUCUUGAAUUAUCUGACAAGAAUCAUGCUACUCUUCGAUCAUCUAGUUUGGAUCUAGGAGUUGACCCUCCAUCAUCUCGUGAUCCACCAUUUCCGGCUACGGUUCCAGCUUCAAAUCAUCUCAUGAGCUCCUUAAGCUUGGAGUCAACUACUGCUAGUAUCAGCAAAGGUAGUAACCGCAAUGGGGGCUUGGGUUUGUCCGACAUUAUUACUCAAAUUCAAGCAUCUAAAGAUUCCGCUAAAUUAUUACAUCAAAGUAGUGCAGCAACUGAGUCUGUGCCAGUCUUCUCCUCAUACUCAGCCAGGAGGGCUGCUGAAAGACUUCACGAAAGAAGUUCCAUAGAAGAGAAUGACAUUAGAGAGGCUAGGCGUUAUGCAAAUUCACACAUUGACAGGCAGUACACAGAUAUGCCUUACAGAGAAGUAAGCUACCGGGAUUCUCAUAACAGUCACAUUCCCAAUUUCCAGAGGCCACUUUUAAGAAAGCAUGCAGCUGGAAGAAUGUCGGCUGGGAGGAGGAGGAGUUUUGAUGACAGCCAACUUUCUCUUGGUGAGGUGUCAAAUUACGUUGAAGGUCCUGCAUCUCUUACUGAUGCAUUGAGUGAAGGACUUAAUCCAAGUUCUGAUUGGAAUGUCAGGGUUGCUGCUUUUAAUUACCUCCGCUCCAUGCUACAACAAGGCCCUAAAGGUAUCCAGGAAGUGGUCCAGAAUUUUGAGAAGGUAAUGAAGUUGUUUUUCCAGCACUUGGAUGAUCCUCACCAUAAAGUUGCACAAGCGGCUCUUUCGACACUUGCAGAUAUUAUUCCAUCUUGUCGAAAGCCUUUUGAGAGCUACAUGGAAAGGAUCUUACCCCAUGUUUUUUCACGGUUAAUUGAUCCCAAAGAACUAGUCAGGCAACCAUGCUCAACAACUCUGGAAAUUGUCGGAAAAACUUACAGUGUUGAUACUCUGUUACCUGCAUUGCUCCGCUCACUAGAUGAACAGCGAUCACCAAAGGCUAAACUGGCUGUUAUUGAGUUUUCCAUAAGUUCCUUCAACAAGCAUGCUAUGAACUCUGAAGGCUCUAGUAACACAGGCAUCUUAAAGUUAUGGCUGGCUAAGCUGACUCCACUAGCUCAUGACAAAAACACUAAGCUCAAGGAGGCAGCUAUUACAUGCAUUAUAUCUGUUUACACCCACUUUGAUCCGACAUCUGUUCUUAAUUUCAUUCUCAGUCUGUCAGUCGAAGAACAGAAUUCCUUAAGACGGGCUCUUAAACAAUACACUCCUCGCAUUGAAGUAGAUCUAAUGAACUUUUUGCAGAGCAAAAAAGACAGACAACGCUCCAAGUCUUCUUAUGACCCAUAUGAUGUUGUUGGAACAUCUUCAGAGGAGGGAUAUAUCAGUAUGCCAAAGAAGAGUCAUUACUUUGGAAGGUAUUCAGCUGGUUCCAUUGACAGUGAUAGUGGCAGGAAGUGGAGUUCCACCCAAGAAUCAACCUUGAUCGAAAAUACAGCUUUUGAUGAUUCUCAAGAGAAUUCGUAUCAGAAUUUUGAUAACACUUCUAAUGUUGAACUUCAUAGUUCCAAAGUCAGAGAUUUGACAUACAUGGCCAAUUCUACCACACAGAAUGCUGCUUCUCGGGUUGGCCGCACUGAAAAUGUUGACAAGAGCUUAAGUUUGGAUGGGUUAUCCAAUCCUCAACUGGACAUUAAUGGGCUAAUGAUUUCUGAAUCACUGGUGGAUGCUGAAAGUGUUGGUCAUGAUAAUGAUGUUGCUCAUGGCUUGGACCUUAACCAACAUAAGCCUGGAGCUGUGAAGUUCAACGCCUUACCUGAUUCAGGCCCUAGCAUCCCCCAAAUUCUUCACCUGAUUUGCAAUGGUAACGAAGAAAACCCUUUGGAAUGUAAGCGCGGUGCACUUCAGCAGUUAAUUGAAGCAUCUAUUGCUAAUGAUCAUUCUGUUUGGUCCAAAUAUUUCAAUCAAAUUUUGACUGCUGUACUUGAAGUAUUGGACGAAACAGAGUCCUCAAUCCGGGAAGUUGCUCUUUCAUUGAUUGUUGAAAUGCUAAAAAAUCAGGACGCUGUAGAAGACUCCAUAGAGAUUGUGAUCGAGAAGUUGCUACAUGUCACAAAGGAUGCUGUUCCAAAAGUUUCUAAUGAAGCUGAGCACUGCUUGAGCAUUGUGUUGUCUCAGUAUGACCCAUUUAGAUGUUUGAGCGUCAUUGUUCCUCUAUUGGUGACAGAAGAUGAGAAAACUCUUGUGACGUGCGUAAACUGUUUGACGAAGCUUGUGGGCCGACUCUCACAGGAGGAACUAAUGACUCAGCUACCAUCAUUUCUGCCUGCCCUUUUUGAAGCUUUUGGAAACCAAAGUGCAGAUGUUCGCAAGACUGUUGUUUUCUGCCUGGUGGAUAUUUAUAUUAUGCUUGGGAAAGCAUUUUUGCCGUACUUGGAAGGGCUUAACAGUACACAGCUACGGUUGGUGACCAUUUACGCAAACCGGAUAUCGCAAGCCAGAACAGGUACUGCAAUAGAUGCUAGCCAUGCGUAGUUUGGUUUUGUCGAGAACCGGUGAUUGUGAGUUUCGUGUGUGUCGGCUUAUCCUUGAUUGUGUAUUUUGUAUAUUUGUGUGAGUGCAUUUGUGAGAGCGGUUCUUUCCAUGUAUCUGUUAUUGGUAGAUAAUUAUUCUUAUUCUUUUUUUCCCUCCCCCUAUUUUUAUUUGUUCUAUAGUUGGUGUGUUUGGUUUUGGAGGGCUUUAGUGGGAAACAGAUGUUUUUUUUGCAAAUAUUGUAAUCAGUACUUUGAAAAGAAAGUGUUAGCAAAUAUAUGGAAGAUAGAAAUGUUUCGCCCCCGUGAGAAA